AUGGACCAGAGAUCACCUGUGAAGAGCCGCGUUGAAGAGAAAAUGAGUAAGUGGAAGAACGAAUGCGUCCGGAAUCUGGAGCGGUUCGACCACAUCCGAAAGGCGCUGGCUAGAUCCCAAGACGAAAAGCACGUCGUGCACAACUUCCAAGAGAGCCUAAGGAAUUGGAGAGCUUCAGAUGAGUACGAGAAAGGUGUCGAGCUCAUCGCACGUUCCGGCAUCAAUCCCCCGCCAUGUUACCCUCCACCCAACCCUCCGCCUAUGACAGACCAAUCUUCCACGCCAGCAUCGGCAUCGGUGGACCGCAGCGACGAAGGAGAAGUAAGAAACAAUACAGCACAGGCUCAAACGCCAGCUUCGGAACCGGCGGAGGAAAAUUAUGAUCCCGAGGAAGAUCUCAAUGUCCACAUCAUCCUCUAUGAAGAUUCGGAGAGCAUUCCCAAGGAUGAAUUCGAAGCCAGGGGAUGUGAGAGUAAUGAUCAACCACCGGCGAAAGUCUCGAAGUUGAAAAAGGAACUCGAAACUACGAAUGUGGCGACUAUUCUGAAACUCGCGAAGAAGUAUGAGGAAACACCUAAUCGGCUCUCGGAGCUGCGAUUGACGGAGUCUCUUUCAUACGUGCACUUUCCUGCGAACAAUAUGAGCGCAAGUGGUCCCUUGCUGUGCUUUUAG